UAUAAACAGACAUUUCGUUCUUAUUUCUGAAACGACUCAACGAUGAGCGACAGAGGACUAGUCGUGUGUAUUAUUGUCUUUCUGUUCAUCCCCACUUGUGCUUUACAGCUCUCGGGGAUCUUUUCCAGUUGGUGGGUGAAAACGGAGGCACCCAACAUUACCAGUGAAUGCUACUUAGGUGUCAUCUUCAAUGAAAACUGUUGGAAUUACAUUGAAUAUACUCCAGGGAUUGUAGGGAUUGGACAACCUGUGACUGGAUUGGAGAUACUCGCAGGGAUCGUGAUGGCACUGACAACAUUGAAUGCGCUCAUCUCUUUCCGUUAUUCAGACGAUGACUCAGAUGAUGACUUUUCUUGCUGUAGAUGUAUAAUAGGAUGUGUAUCUAUAUUUUAUCCCUUCUCUGAAACUGAACUUUUUGCAGGAAUACUAGGGUUCACUGGAUGCAUGUUUUUAGUCUCAUACGACUUGGGGGAACUGCAGUGGGCUUUUUACACAAGUUUGGCCGCGUCCUGUUAUAAUAUCAUUCAGAUAUUCUUCUGCUGUUGGAUGCUUUGCAAGGUUCGUCGUCACGAGGAAGAGGAAACAAAUGAAACGUCUACUGGUGCCAUUGUCAUAGAGCAACUCCAAAUUACCCAAGUCACGCACAUUUUUCAUAUCACAUAGAACGUGCAGAAACGCUGUGCAAUGAGAGACGUAACUACAAUAUACAAGUCGUCUAUUCAUGAAAUUUUCAUCAGAUGAUUUACGCAAUUAAACUUUUCACAUCAAAACAAAAUUGAUAUAUAUCAAGAACUGAAUUCAUUUAGGACUCAUCGUUUUCGUAUACUGCUUGGAAAGAGUUAUCGUCCUUAGAUUUAGACGCUUGCACAUGGUUGAUAAAACUCUUAUUAUCAUAAAAAAGAGGUCUUUUCUGUGUUUGAAAAUGUUAUAUUUGAAUUUUGUUGUUGCACAGGGUCUAUAAAAAUGUUAUAUUUGAAUUUUGAUGUUG